AUGUUCAGGGCCCUUAGACGGAAGAUUAACCAUGGGAAGCAUUCCUCGAAGAACGGUGAUGGAAAGGGCAAUGACGACGAGAAGAGGUAUCAGUUCAGUAGUAACGGUGGGAAUUAUAGCGGUGGGAAUUAUAACAGUGGGAAUUAUAACAGUGGAACGGAGGGGCCGCAGACCAAUAUUCCAGUUGUGGUGAAGCAGCCCAAGCAAAAGAGGGUUGUACGGAAUGGUGCGUCGGGCAAGCCGCAGGAGAAGCCGAGUUGGGAGCCUGGAGCAGUGCCUCUUCCGCAGCGGAUAGCUCAAAAGGAGCUGUACACAGCUGCAGAUAUCCAUUCAGAGCUUAUCAAGAUGGAUGUUACUCAAAGACUAGUGGGCCGGUACUACGUUUACAAUGUGAGCGUUUUCCGUGGCCCUGGGGAUUGCCGUGAUUUGCGGGAUCCCAAUUUCAAUAUCUUUCAGCGUAAGGGUGCUAUUAAUCCCAUUUCGUCCAGGUAUGUUAUAUACCACUUGGCUACAUAUUUCAAGGAGAGGUUGAACAGUCAAUUGGCCAAAAACAACUGCAACAAUACAGAUUUGAUACGUUCAGCUAUGGAGAUAUUUAAACCUAAUCUAUCACAUUAUUCUCAUUCAGAAACUAAAGAAACCAAAAGGAUAUUGGCCUCCUUUUUCCCGUGGGAUGGAUGCUCGUUGGCUGGAAAAUGGCUGCAACUUGAAAUCGAGAAACAUUUUGGCAGCAGUUGGAAUAAACUAAUUCUGGCUCUAAGAAUUAUGUGGUCUGAGUUGCCCCAGGGCAUUGUUCCUUGGGAAUCCUUUUCUUCUUUCAAGAGGCUGGAACAGAAGUAUUAUUUUCCAGUUACUGCUUUCUACAAUUUCAUACCACAGGUGUUACCUAGCCGCGAUUUCACCUGCAUUGCUUAUUCGUUUUUGGAAAUCCUUGUGACUAUAAUCGGUAAAACCGACCUUGUGGUAGAAAAGACAACACAGAUGGAUUUGGUUUUUACGGCUGGCCAGGUUUGUUUCACAAAGAGUAAUGCUAUAGAUGAAUAUAUGGAUAGUGAUUCAGGCGAAAGUUUCGAUGUCUUAACGCUCAACAAAAUUUACUACGCGAGAGGUUCUGCAUUGUACCAUCUUUUUGUUUCAUAUUUGAGAUCAUUGGUUGACAAAGGCAAGAUCAAGGACUUUUACUUAAUUGAUAAUUUCAAUGUGGAACAAUACCCCCCUGCUCCAUACACUCCAAUGACACAGCGUGCACUAACUUUAACCGUACCCAAGUUUCUUGUUGAUGAUGAAAUGCGCAAUGAUUUUAAUCACUUGAUCAAGUUGGUCUCCAAGGCAAGCUCAAGGAUUUAUUCUUCACAUCAUGCGUUUUCCAAACUAGAAAAUUCUUUCUUGGACAAAUUUGAGGAGAACCCACUUAAAGUUAUUGAAUCUCUAUUUUCCAAAUCUUCAAAACGGUACCUAUACAAACUUGACAAGCAAUUCAGCACGAACUACUUUAAAACGUUGAACGAAAAACAGCAUUUGAAUAGAGCACUCCAGGAAUUAGAUCCAAAUAAUCAGUAUGCGGUUGCUACUUGGAUUGAAUCAUGUAAGCAGCAUGGCUUUAGUGAAUUCUUGUCCAUGUUAGAAGAUAAUAUGGGAGGUGACGGAACGUUGGUUCUAGGACAUCCAUUCUUGAAUUCGUUGACCGAAGGUCUACAGAAAGAAGAGGAAGAAGAGGUCUACCCGGUCAAAUUAUCUAAAAUGGGUGUUUCAGAGUGGUUUAUUUCAUCUUGGAAAUACGAGAUGUUUUUAGGAAAAAUUCAUAAUACUUUGGUAAUAAAGUUGACAAAGAGAGUCGGGGAUUGCGAUUGGAUCGUGAUUAGUACUGACGAGAGGAUGGCCAGUAGUGGACCUUCACCUCCGUUAUCGCAAUCAGAUUCUAGGAGGAGUGAACUUAGGGAAUUGAGCCACGUAAAGCCCAACAAACAACAGCUACUAAAACAAUGUAACAAUAUGCGUCAUUCUAUAAGUGAAAUAUCGUUAUCAAGGGUAAGGCCGCCACCACUAAAUUUGUUGGGCGAACAUUCAAGUUCACCACUAAUGGAAGAUGAUGCCCCUACACCUGCACAAAAACGGUUGUCGUGUGGAUCUUCAGCCGUUAACACGAUUAAAGCAAUAAGUCGAAGGUCGACUGCCUCAACAACGGACGCCACAAACCAUGAAGAUACCCAAUCAGUUGAACAUGCUCAAAAAUCCAAUGGUACCACUGGUACUUCGGAUGCUAUGGAUUCUACAACAAUUGGAAACUCAUCAAAUAUCAGUCACGAAAGGGCUCGACCACCUCAAGUAGACUCGAUUAUGCUAGCAACUCAGCCCAUGCAAAUUGGUCAAAAUUAUGAUGAGCUAUAUACUCCUACUGGUGGUGCGUAUGUGGUACCAAGGCCUUCUAUUCCGAUGAAGACACAGAAUCCAUCAAUUAAUUCCUUAUCUAGGUCGGUUGGCGAUCAUGAAAUAUCAAUAAUAACAGAAGAAUCUGAAACAGAUGCAGAGGAGAGUGCUCCAAAUGAUACUACAUUAGGUCUUUCGUAUGCGGAAAGAUCCCAUGCCUUUAGUUCUACUACCAACACCAGUUCAUCGUCUGGGGAGUUGGUUCCUAAUGAAGAUAGUGUUGAGGUAUCGAAAAAAAAUAUCGCUAAACCAAUUGACUUUACGGCUAGAGAAUUGUAUGGCCAAGUGAAACUGGUGUCGGAUAUGGAUAAACAAUUUUCUCAAGAAUCAAAUGGUUUGAAGUCGCCUGUAAACGACAUUAAAUUCAGUCAAGACAAGAACGCCCAUAGCAUUUACAAGAACAACAACAACCACGAGAACAAUGAAAGUAAAACACCUGAUAAUAUUGUAAAAGAAUCUGCUACUAAGACUGAUUCAGUGAACAGGAAUACCAUCAUUGUAUAUCCACAACACGGCAACCAGACGGAAAAUGCAAGCGGCAACACGAAUGAAAUGGUAUCACUCGAUAAAACCAUUCCAAUUCAUAAGAAUGGGAACGAGAGCAGACCGGUUACAAUACAAGAUAAAGGUGGAGAUAUUCCUACCAAUCUAUCCAGUAGCCCCACGGGUUCAAGAACAUCAUCAAAAGACAGUAUAGUAACGGAAGAAUUUGAGUUUAUCAACAAUAGUGAAUCGAAGAGUAGAAGCCAUUCGAGGCUUUUAGACAAAAAACUUCCCGAUACACCAACGAGCCCUUCGAUAUCACGUUCGGGCUACACAAAUGACUUUUUAGAUGAUUUUAUUGACGGUUACGAUGAACGUUCAAACCCCGAUCGGAUUACAACCCAAGAAAUCACCGUCAAAAAUACCGCGGAGGACACUUUAUUCGAGAAAGUCAAGAACUAUUAUGAGCAAGCAGCCAUAGAUAAAGCCAAUAAGGUCUAUGCUAGCGCCAUCUCUAAUACCCGAAGGGGGACUUCUUCCACGAGGUAUGGUGUGAUGCCUGCUGGUGCUACUGCCGCUUCCGAUAGUCCUCGUCACACGGCUGAAGGGUUAGAUUUCGGAAAGACACCAUGCAGCUAUACGCCCUCAGUGAAGAGUUUUGACCAAGCGUUCAACGCACGUGAGACUAGCGCAACGAACAGUUUUAAUUCUUCGAUCGUGCUCAAAGAUGAUACUGGCAUCUUCAACUCGGACGAAGAAGACGAUUUCCACAAGAACAGCGACUACGACGUGAAUCGUGUAUCGAAGUUCAAAAGCGCUUUACUAAAAACCAAACGAAGCAUCCGUGGUUUGAAUGGCUACAAAGCUUGA